CAUUCUUCGCUCACCUGACGUUACGGCGUCGCUCGAAAAAAACAAAAAAACCUGACGUUACGGCGCACCGCGAUCCCGGCGGCGACCACUGUAAGAGAAGAAGACGACGACGAUGGCGCUCAACCGCGGUGCCCUCUCGGGCCUCCGCCUCAUCUCCGCUGGCGCAAAGGCGGCCUCCGCGCCAGCCACAGGCUUGCGAAGGAUGGGAGCGCACGCCCACGAUGAGCCUUACUACAUCCACGCCAAGCACAUGUACAACCUUCACCGGAUGAAGCACCAGGCUCUUAAGGCGUCUCUGUCCGUGGUGGCUGCAGUUGGCGUUGGCAUUGCAGUCCCUGUGUAUGCAGUUGUUUUCCAGCAGAAAAAGACCGCCUCUGGAUAAGCUAAACGCCAAAGACAGCUUCAGAUACUUGCCCAUGGCACUUCUUUCUAUUCGCUCGCAAUUUGAGAAGCUCAAGCUGGAGCUUCAAUUUUACUCUGGUCACUGCUGUUUUUUUCUCUUUCUGUAAGGUUGAUCCUUUAUUUCGUGGCAUUUAAUGUAAGAAUACUAGUGGAAAUCCCGGGCAUUGCUGCGGGCCUCCAAGGGCACCACAUCUCUCCAUACGUGAAAGAAAAUUGGAUUGAAAUGAAGCAAAAUAAAUUGUAUUUAGGUUGAAAUACAUGUUGCUUCUUCCAUAAGAAUAACUUGGAGAUGUGGUGUCCCAAUUUUCAAGUAAGGUGUUGAAAAAUGGAUGAUCACAUGGUAGCUGGUUUGAGAUGUGAGCAUGAGAAGACAUACUCUUGAGAGUUAGCCACACCGGUGGUAGUUUAGUAUCCCAAGGUCUUUUUAUUGCAUCACUAUAUUUUUUAUGAGCUUCUUUUGCUAGAAUGAUGAAUGGAAAGAGAGCAUGGUUUGGUGAAAUGGAUGUCGUCCUGGAGGUAAAGAGUUAUGAUGAAAGUGGCUUGAGAUGAAAAUUAUAUAUUUCUGUGGCACAUGAGAAUGAUACAGAGUUUUCCUUGGGC